AUCCCGGAUGGGUGGGAGGGAAACAGGCCAUUCUUACACUGUCCGUACAUGCGGCAUCUCGAAAAAAUCCCUCAUGGCUGAUAUGCACCAUUAUGGAGGAUGGUGAAGAUGACGGUCUUGUUUCCUCGCGGCUUGCCAAUCACCCUUGCAGAAUCACGCCCUCGCUGUAUUCGUACCAGAUACUUUGGCCAGUUUCAGUCUGCAAUCCUGCACACGAUCCGGCCGUCGCAAAGCUUCUGCGGCUCAAUACUCGGUCGAUGGGCUUCGGACACACGGACACGGACGUGGCAUAUACCAGGUACUGGAAUUCGGCGUCUAUGGCCAUUUCUGAUGAUUUCGUUAUCGCCAGAAUUUUCCAUCUGCAUGGAGGUUGCCAUCGCGCCCAGGUGGGGAACUGUGUCUGCAGCUUUCGACAUGAUCAGACUUUUUUUUUUGUUGCCAUGCGUACCAUGCCGAACGAGAGAGAGCGCGAGAGCUUAUCUCUCCCUCUCAUGUGGCGAAGAGGGCGAUCGUCCUGGGCCCAGAUCUUCUAGAAGGGUUCUCCAAACCCCCAAGCCCGAGUCGGCGACGUCUGCAUCCUUAGUGGGCAGUCGCGCAGUAUGGCAGUCAACGCAGUCUGGCCCUAGCGACGAUCGAAUGCCCAGACAGAAUGAAGCAGCUCAGUCCUUGGAUGGGCGACGCUUGGCGUUCUGUCCCCAAAAUGCCACCAUUGACCAUUCACGCUUCGUCGAGCCUUGUCCCUGGCGUGCCCAGCUGAGGGGAAACCCCGACUGGGAGACGAGGGCUUUUGUUGAUAUGCCUGCGACUGGGCACUCCAUCAUUUUUGGGGGUUUUUGGCUUGGCUCGUUCGGCGAUUCCCAUUGCUUGACCGAACGAUUCUUCUUCUGUGGUGGUGGUGGUGGUGAGUGUGCCAAGCCAGACGUCUUUCAAAGUUUUCAUUCUGCUUUCCCUACGGUCCACGGAUACUCAAUUGUGUAUGGCUACGUGCUACUCUUUUUUCCCCUCCCCACAAGUCCGUCUUGUUUUGGUCUGCGAGCAGCCUUGGUAGUAGACCUAGAUGCACCGAAAGGUUUAACCCACUGCGGUGGAUUAACGUAGCUGGCAACAUUUGGCAUGUUGGUUGAGAUUUCCCCCCCCCCUCCGUAGUUCGGACGGAGUCCAAGGAUCUGAGGAAAUCGAAACUUCGAAAGCGAAAAGACUGUCGCUCAACAUGACGCGAGCGGGCUGAUUGCGGACUGUGCGCGGUUGGGGGGUGGGAGGACGCGCAGCCCGGGGAACGUCACUCCGGUUCCCG